UUCGAUUUACUGUUCCGGCAGCCGGAUUGCCGGAGUCAGCCGGAGCAGUGUCGAGGAGCACGUUGGAAUCAAGUGAUCAAGCGGAUGACGGAUCGAAUAUCGCUCGGAAUGCGUCGAGAAACGCCGAGAUAUAGCUCUAGACACGUGGAUAUCGAGAAACGAUCGAUUUGAUGCUUGAAACGAAACAUGAAUCCGAGCGAGGUUGAAUUCCUCGGCGAGAAACAGCUGGUCAGUAUUGUACCGAAUUUCAACUCCGACAUAAUUUACCUGAUCUCGGGUUCAGUGGGUCCAUUUCGUGCCGGUUUGCCCGUCAGGGUGCCGAUCUGGCUCGCCGUGUGCUUGAAGCAGAAGCAGAAGUGCCGUAUCGUCAGCCAAGAAUGGAUGGACAUCGAGGGUCUGAACGAGAGGAAAGAGAUGGAGAAGAUGUCCAAGUUGUUUACAGAAAUGCCGAGCAGUCAUUAUAUGGACGAGAGUCAAAUUCUGUUGAAUGUGGCAAAUGAUGAUAUUCCUGAUGCAGAUGGAAUAAGAAUUGCCGUAAAGGACAUAUGGGACAUAAGAAUGUCUAAAUUACGAACAUCCGUGGAUGCUUUUGUGAAGAGCGAAGGGGUGCAUGCAAGACUGGAUCAUCUCACUGCAAUGGAGAUUAAUGGUAUACGUCCACUGCUGCCACAUGCAUUAGAUCAAAUAUUGCGGAUACAAUCUGAUCCACUUUAACCCGAAUAAACAUGGUAUCGUCUUUGACGAAGUGUCGUUUCUUCACCAUCUCAUGAGAAACGAAU